AAGAAUACUCUUGGAGCACACAGUCACCGCGCGGCGAGCACACUCACCACGGGGCAGUCCGUCGAACCAAAGGUGAUUUCUCGAUCGACGCGCGACGACGAUCCGUGUGAUUGGUGAAAUAAAAAAAUUAACUGGAAUGAGGAAGGACGGUGCUGCUGUUGUUAACAAACGAACGAUCACGUAUCUCGGACGGGUCUCGUAAAAGCACACGUGUACUUACGUUCCGUACGUGGUUCGUCAAGUUCAAAGUUGUGUGUUGCCGGUGAAAAGGAGAACAACAAAGUGACCGGGGGUAUAUGUAUACGUACGGUGACACAAAACGGAGCAACAGUGGGGAAAACGAGCGAAAGUUCGCGGUGAAUAAAAAUCGAAGGGAUAGGACAGGGCUGGCAGGAGAGACAGUGUCAUACGGCGACUCCAGCGAGGAAAGUUUGUUUGUCCGGUCGUAUCGAUACCAUCGGUGAUCGUGGAUGAACGCUCGUUGUUGGCGGCCCCGUGGUCGGCUCAGCGGCGACUGAUCGAAGAAAAUUUUUGGAAUGUAACAUCGGGGCAGUGUCGAUAAACGGUAGUGGAAGCAGUAGUUUGUCCGCGGGUACGGUUGGACAACGACCGGCGACGACGGCAACGGCAACGACGGCGACAGGGCGACCGGACGGGUGGAGUGUGCAGCAAGAGGGAGAGAGCGCGGAGGAGGAUCACUCUCGCUUUCGUUCGACUCUCCCUCUCUAUCCUUCGUUCUCUCCUCUGUCCCUCUCUCCCUCCCUCUCUUUCUGCUUCUCUCCUUUCUCCCUUGCUCGAACGGCGGCCGUUCUCGUUGCUGCUCGUCGACCGGCAGGAGAACGGAGAGAGAGAGAGAAUACAAGAAAGAGAGCGAGAGAGCGCCGGAGGAAGAGAAGCGUCGCGCGGAAGACGGAGGAGCGACGAGGAGAGGAUCAGCUCGCGUAACCGAAGAACCGAGGAGAAAGGAGAAAAAGAAGGAUCGUACAAAUCAACCGCCUUCUAACAAGCCACAUUAACCUCAAGUGAUUUCUAUUUUCUUACGAAGCGCGAAAGAAGUAAUUAGUGUGUUUAUAUCGACGAUAAAACAAAGAAAGAAAAAAACGAAAAAAGGAGGAGAAAAUAUUCCAAGAGCUUAGGUUCCGGAGAAGAAGACAAAGCAUUAGGAGCUAUAGUAUCUAAUUAGUGUACAAAGUAUAUCUUGAAACAAAAAAAAAAGAAAAAAAAAAGAAAAAAGUCCGCCAGUGCCAAAUCGAAACAAAAGGAUUGUUAUACGUUUAAGGGCAGUUUAAAAAAGCACAGACGAGCGAGUAUAAGAAAUAUUGCGGGAAGACAAAACGAAAGGAAGCAAAAAAAAGAAGAUAGAAGAAGGAAAAACCGUAAACCAAAGAAUCUACCAUUUCUUUUUUCUACUAAUCACUCAGCGAGCUAACGAUAUACUCACUAACCAGCUAGACGAGCGGCGAUCUCUUCGCGAGCAGAUUUAAUUCGGACAGAAGAAAAUAAAUUUUCAAAUCACCCGACAACGUUUUCUAAACCGAUAGUAGGAAAUUUUACUUAAUAAGCGAAAUAGGAGUAAGGAUUGAUGUUCUUCGGAGGAAGGAGAAAGGGAAGAGAAAAGAGGGAAAAGAACCAUAUGCAACUACUCGCAGAGAACGCGUGAGAGUAUCUAAUUAAGGAAGAGGAGUCCCAUCCAAAGCGAAAUACAGACGGAGAGAACGCAGGCCGCCCUAUAUAUCUGGAAAAAGGGGACUCGCAUAUAAUUACUCCCAGAGAAACCGAUCUACUUCAGUUCGUAGCCUAAACCUGUUGAGUACAAACGACAGAAAUAGAGUUAUAGAGAGGUAGAGAGAUUGAGAGAGAGAAAGUACGUACGAGAGUGUGUGAGAGAGAGUGCGCGGACGAAACAAAGAAAAGAGCUGUAAACUAGAGGCGAGUGGAAGGAAUACAGGAAAGGAGCACAUAUUACACACCGAAUACACUUAUACACGAGGAGAUAUAAAGGUAUACGAGGAGAGCACACCAGAUUCGAAGCGGCCGAACGAGGAAGAAGAUUCGUCCCAUUCUUCCAGAUGUCACAGUACCGACGAGGCGAGUCCCGAGCACGCGUCGUCGUCCGUGCCAGCGGAUAAUCUCGAUAACGAGCAUCCAGUCACGAUCGCGGGUACACGGGCGUCGAUAAAACCCGAAGAAACGGAGGAUCGGAAUAAUUGCGCGCGUGCAGCACAGCAUACGCGUCGCCGUCGUCCGGUAGUCGAGUUUCACCCCGAACCAGCAUCGGAAAAAUCGUAAUUCUCGGGCGAGGAACGUUAACGAGACCUCCUGCGAGCAGGGGGUUCACGUCGAGAUGACGUGGCGGGGAAGAUGAGCGCCGAGGUAACGAAGGAGGUCGUCGCCACCGAGAGGGUAGCAGGUAGCCCUCCGGCGGCGGUCGCGACCUCGCCGGGCUCGGUCGGUCCAGGUGAUCCGGCGCGUCACCUGCCGCCGUUCAGCAGCUUCGCCGGGGACAACGCGAUGGACAGUUCGACAACGUUGACUACCCUUCACGCCCAGGACGUCGGCCUCGGGCUGACGUCCUCCUGGGAUUACUACGAGGGAUUGACCGGUCGCCUGAUCGAUUCACGGGGUGAGGUGGUGCUCGCAAGCCAGUACAGACCGUGGGAGUCGAAGAACGCGAUCGGUGGCGGCGGACCCACCGCCACGCCGACCGCCGAAGGUUUGCCGAGUUUCGCGAGCCAAUUCACCGCACCGAGCGAGGCGGAGCCGCAAUUGACUGCGCUCACUCCAUUGUCGCCAGCCUCGAUAUCGCACUCUCCACCUGUCACGUCGGCGGUAGGCUUGCCCAGCUUCCACACGCUCGGCACGCCGCUUCCGGCGCCUCAUCCUCACCGCGGCAGCGUCGGUUAUCCGUUGGUACCGGCCCCGGUCCAAGCCAGAGAGGUGCCGGCGCUCCAACAACAGCUACUCGACGAACGGCACAUCCAGCUGCUGGGUUCAAGUCCGGUCCAGGCGUUUCCUCCUCCGCCUCCCGGCCAUCCUCAUCACACGGUGUUGACCGUCGUCAAGCCCGACUAUCCGCAGCUUCACCACGCCAAUUUCCAGAACCCGAUGUCCACGGUGCUGGACUCGUCGCCCACGUCCAGGCCGAUCGGGAUCGACGGCAGGAAAAAGGAGCGUAGAAAAAUACGCGCCGGUUCGAUGGAGUCCGAGGACAGUGCUGGCGCUGGGAACGUUGAGAGUUCCGGUCAAGUAGCCGCGGUCUCGUCGACGGCGAACAGGGGACCCCAUCACAUGGGCGGCGGCAUGGCCGACGUCGACGGCGACGGAGGGUUGAGCGACAAGCCAGCGAAGAAGAAGCGCAAGAGAUGCGGCGAGUGCAUCGGGUGUCAGCGGAAGGACAAUUGCGGUGACUGCGCGCCCUGCAGAAACGACAAGAGUCAUCAAAUUUGCAAGAUGAGGCGGUGCGAGAAACUCACCGAGAAAAAGCACCUGUACCAUCUGCAGACGGGCGAGGGUGCGUUCAGAGAGAGGGGGAGAGGCCGAGGCAAAGGUGCAACCAGGAGUUAUCGAAAAAUCGCCCGACAGGUCAGUACACCGGACAGUGCACCUGCAGGCUUGGGCAGUCCACAGGCUGGCAUAGGCGGGCUGCAGCAGCACCAACAACAACCGCAACAACAAACACAACAAACGCUUCAUCAGCCGGAUCCCAUGCAGCAGUCCAAAGACAAUCUGAAUCCCGCGGCGAAUCAGCAAACCGGGGCGCUUAGGAACGGAAAUCCUCCGCCUCCUGUCGUUUCUAUGUCACCCGGAGUGAUGCCAUUCUACGGCGAUGCUGGUGCCGGUUUCCGGCCAGCAGCUGGUUUCGGGAACGCUGUUUGGCACCAGGGAGUUACUCCCGUGGGAGCAGUUGCGGUUGAAACGUCAGCAGCAGCAUGGCCACCUCAGCAGUUCAUUCAACAAAUUCCUGCACCGAAUCAGCUCGAAGAGCUGAGGUAUCAUACCCAAUACACCGCUGCCGCGCCGUAUCACCCGCAACCAGUCGCAUAUCAGCAGCAAACUUUCAUUACUACGGAUCAGUCGGCAUUUCAACGAGCCGGGGCGACGGGACAAUACACAAUCACGGGGCAACCCUCGCCCUUGCCACCGGUCGCCCCACAAACGGUACCAUCGACAGCUCAGAGGCCACUAAACGGCCAAUUCAUGGAUCCUGCUGCUACUGCAACUCAAUCAGUUGGAUAUGAAAGGCAGGAUUACGUCAAUGGCUACCAACAACAGGAUGUGACGAUGGCACCGCCGCCUUCAACUACCCCUACGAGUCGUAGCAGUUCUGUGCACAUGGAUAAUCAGCAACAGCAACAGGCCUCGCAACAGCCGCCGUCGCAACAGCAGCCGCAGCCGACGGACACGCAAGUGAAAGGAUUUGCGACGAUAGCGGCGAGCAACGUGUCGGGAAACGAGAUGCCUGGGUAUCCACUUCAACCGGGCCCACAGAGUUUACACAACUCUAACGGAUAUCCAGGCUAUAUGGAAAUGGGUCAGCAACAAGUACAGAACCAUCAAUGGCAGUCGCAGCAACAGCAGCAGCAGGUGGCACAGCAGCAGUCCCACCAGCAGCAGCAUAUGCAGCGGCAGCAACAUACGGUGCCCGACGGUAGCCAACGACAAUUGUGGUCCGAUACCAGUACUGCUACGAAGAUGAACAAUGUGAGCAACAACAUGAACUGGUCCAAUGGCACGAUGCAGCAACAACAGCAGCAGCAACAGCAACUUCAGCAGCAGCAGCAGCAAAAGUCAGCAUCGCAACAACAGCAGGCGAGUAUGCAGAGUAACAGUAUGAAGGCGCAAGAGCAACAACAACAGAAUAUGCAGAUGCAGGGACAACAGGAGCUACCCAGGCCAGCCAGUCACAUGAGCUGGGAGAACGGUAGCGUGAAGGAGAACCCGCACACUCCGCAAUCGUGGACUGACAAUACGGAUGUGACGAACCAACAGCAACAAACUCAGGGAAAUUGGUCGCGGCAAAGCCCGAAGCUGAGAGACGCGCAGAAUCCGAGAUUGACGCCAUCUAGUCAACAGCAACAGCCCCAGCACCAAGGGUGGCUGCAGCAUUCGCCGAAGUUAUCGGAUCAUCAACAAAAUCAGUCGCACCAGAACGCCCGGAUGACGCCCUCCGGCCAGCAUAGCUGGCAGCAGAGCAGUCCGGAGAUGCAACAAAACUCGAGUCAAUCCAAUCCGAGGCUGACACCCUCUGGUCAACAAAUGCAACAACCAGGGACACCUUCGUUACAACAGCAGCAACAACAACAGUGGUCGCAGCAGACGAAACUUGAAAAGAAUCCUAGACUAACUCCGUCUAAUCAGAUGUCCUGGCCGGACACGCCAACUAGUCAACCGAAUUGGUCGCCGAGCAGUAUGAAGAGCGACAGCAGUCAGCAACCUCAACAACAGUGGCCGGACUCGCAACCGAGUCCGAGAAGGACUCCCGGCCAUCAACCGGCCGCGUGGCAAUCUCAACCAUCCACGCAGGAGAACAAGAUGGAUAACCAGAUGUCUUGGUCGCCUAGCUCCGUGACAGAGAACCAGCCGACUUGGGGUCAACACGCAACCAAGCAAGACAUGCAAAACUCCGGGGAAAGAGUGCUCUGGCAGCAGCAGGCGACGGACACUGGAAAACCGAACGGAUACUCGGACAACCAAGAUGCUCAGGAGAGUAACGUAUUUGCUCAAUCUAAUCGCGUGAAUCUGAACAGUCGACUGAAAUCGAUGAUCCUGAAUAAGCAACAACAGCAGCAGCAGCAGCAUCAACAGCAACAACAGCUGCAACAUCAACAACUUCAACAGCAGCAGCAGCAGCAGUCGCAGCAUCAAAUGAGUCAUCAAGAGCAGCAACAACAGCAUCAUAACAUGCAUCACUCGAUGCAGAGUCAACACGUGAACAGCAAUAGCGGAUCGAACGGAGAUUAUCAUACCGAGGACAGAAUGCGAGACGACAAUACGGAUAAGUUACAAGAGAAACAGACGGAACAGUAUUUGAAUCAGUCGAGUAUGAUCUCGAUGGGGCAGUCAAACGAAUCCUUGACCGGUAAUUUUUUAUUGCAUAGCCACCACCCUCGGGUCGAUAGUUUGCCCGAUGGUGGUGGCUUAUGGGAAUGGUCGGGAGGAGGUAAUGGCACGUUGAACAACAGUAGCGAGCUACCUGAAAGUGGUAUAACCGUCAUCGAGAGCUUUAUGAAAUUCAGCUCGGAGGAGAAAACCGUUCUAGAGGAACCUGAAAAACAAGAACCAUUGCAACAUCACCAGCAAUCGGAACAACAACAGCAGCAGGAGGAUCAGCAUUUAUGGAAGGAAGGAACCAGCAGUCAAGACAAUCAGAGCAUCGACGACAAGUCGUUCCAGAAGGAUUUAUGCAUAGACAAACAGCAAACAAACGAUAGAAUAUUUGAUCAGUGUGGGAACAAUUCAGAGAUUGAGAAGAAUGAAACUGAAAACAGUGCACCUUUUACGGAAACAACAACGCAACCAUCAUUAACCAAAAACGAUAAUGCUAACUAUCCAGAGAGUACGGAAAAAACAACGUCGACCGAGCCGAUGAACGACUCUAACUGCGACUCCUCGAACAUCAAGCAGGAGACCGUUGGAGACUAUGGUUGCUCGAGUUCCGACUGCGUUCCAUCGCCCGCAGCCUCGUCGAAGAGCGGAAGCUGCGUGACGCAGGAAAUCAAGACCGAGCCUGAUCAGAGAUCGCAGGAAGAAAACACCGAGUACAAAUUCCGUGGCGAUGGCGGGCCCGCGAAAGUGUCGGCUGGUGUCGGUUCGUGGUGUUGCCGACGAGGUGGCACCGAGCAACCGACUCCGGAACACUUGCGAGAGGGUUGUUGCCAGGGCCUGCAAACGAGGGACGAGAUGCUAGCCGACUCAGCGGAGAAGUCCGACGUAAAAACUGAGGGCCCGCAGAGCCCGCGUAGCGGAAGCGGCGUCGGAUCGACGACAAAGUUACAAGAUCACUUGGAGAAACUGAAAAACAAUGUGAGGAGCGAAGUACCCGACUGCGACUGCUUCCCAGCCGACAAAUGUCCACCAGAGCCCGGCUCGUACUACACUCAUCUCGGGGCGGCUGCAAGCCUGCCUGACCUACGGAACGAUCUUGAAAGAAGAACCGGCCUCAAGGGAAACGCCAUUAGAUUGGAAAAGGUUGUCUACACUGGAAAGGAGGGGAAAACCACUCAGGGAUGUCCUAUGGCUAAGUGGGUAAUUCGACGAUCCGGUUUGGAAGAGAAGAUCCUGACGGUAGUGAAACAUCGACAAGGCCACAAAUGCCCUACAGCCUGGAUCGUUGUAUGUAUGGUUGCUUGGGAAGGUGUGCCUACUCACGAAGCCGACAAAAUUUACUCUCUUCUGACUCACAAGUUGAAUCGGUUCGGUCUACCGACGACUAGACGUUGCGGUACGAACGAACCGAGGACAUGUGCUUGUCAAGGCCUCGAUCCCGACACUUGCGGUGCAAGCUUUUCCUUUGGAUGUUCCUGGUCCAUGUAUUAUAAUGGUUGCAAAUACGCCAGAAGCAAAACCGUCCGCAAAUUUCGAUUAUCAGUACGAUCAGAGGAGCAAGAAGUCGAAGAAAGAAUGCACGUCCUAGCAACACUAUUAUCACCUCUGUAUCUCAGCCUUGCACCGGAAGCGUUUAACAAUCAGACACAAUUCGAACGGGAAGCGAGCGAAUGCCGUUUAGGAUUCAAACCUGGCCGACCUUUUUCUGGUGUCACAGCAUGCAUCGACUUUUGUGCACAUGCACAUCGCGAUCUACAUAAUAUGAACAACGGAUGCACUGUAGUGGUCACCAUGACGAAACACCGAUCCCUAUCGAAACCUGAUGAUGAGCAGCUACAUGUACUUCCUCUCUACGUUAUGGAUUCCACGGACGAGUAUGGCUCGAAGGAAGCACAAGAUGAGAAGAUUCGCAGUGGUGCUAUAGAAGUUCUAUCCAAAUAUCCUUGUGAAGUGAGAGUUCGGUCAGUUCCUCUACAACCCUGCAGAAGACACGGCAAAAAAAGGAAAGAAGAGGAGCCAGACACGGUAAGCAGCAAAAAAGAGUGCAAAAACGCGAACGAGAAAAUAGCAGAUCCAAGUCGCGCGCUAGGACAUCAAGAUCCAAAUCGGCCACAAAUGAGGGACCCUCAGGUAUCUCUGGAAAUGGCUUCCAUGUUCGAAGGGAUGGACGCUCAGUUACAGAGCUCCCAAGUGUCCUCCACCGUUCUGGACAGUCCGGUGUCCAUGUAUCAAGGUUGGGGUUACCAAAACGAACAGCAAUGGGGUAGAAAUGGUUGGCUCGAUCAACGAAAGAACAACUGGCUGAACCCUUGGAGGGAGUACUCAUUUGGUGGCCUGGAUAGAGACGCCAAGGUUGAUCCGGACAGCACGAGCUUGGACGACAGCAGGCCUAGAAGUAACGUGUCUCAGGAUGAACAUCGACCGGGUUCGCGAAAUUUGCCGAACUCCACUAUGGACUCGCCGAGAAAUUAUGCGCAUUCGCCGAGAACUCACCCUAAUUCACCAAGGAGUUCUCACUCAGGGACAUCGGGAGAUGCCAACUACUCGAUGUCUCCUAGAGGAUACCCACCUACUCCUCAAGAUCAAAGGAUGACUUCGCCAAGAAGCUCGAACUUCCAAGAUGCAGGUUUCGGACAACAAAUUCCUACUUCUAAAAGUUAUCCGAACAUGUACGAUGCAAGACAAAGUAACGCGUCCCCGAAGACAAGUUGUGCAAAUCUACCAACGAAUCGAAUGAAUCACCAUCAAGUGCACAACAUUAACAACCUCCGGAACGUCGGCCAGAACUGCGAUCACUCGAAAUUGCCGUACUCGAAACCUGCGCAAGAUUCUAGUCAGCAGAAGUAUCCAACCACGCAAAACUACUUAGAGGCUCAGAAGUCGCAGAUCGAGCAGCCGUUCAUGAACAGAAUGCAAGGUCAUCCACUAUAUCCCGCGCAGGCAAGCAGGAAUCUCCCGUAUCAAGGACAGCACGAGUCGAACGCGCACGUGUUCUCCGGCUCGUCUUCUUGUAUAGACAACAAUGGUCACAAGACAUACGGUGCUUCGAAUUCGGAUCUCUUACUACGCAGUCCAUCGCAUCUACCGACGAGCAAUCCGUCAAACAAUCCUCAAAAUUCAGGAUCGAUUGAUCAGAACAGGUACAGAAUGCACAAGGGUCCCGAACAUAGAAGCCCAGGAAUUAAUCAAAUGUCACCAGCGCCUUCUGAUCAAGUGGGAAAUUGGAACAUGCUUGGUUCUUGGUAUCAGGAUCAGAAUCAACAAGCCUACAACGAUCAAAUCAAUUCCGAGAGAAAUCUCCAACAGUCCAUGGAGCAUCAGAAAACGUACAACUGGAACGACAGGGUACCUCACCCGGAUCAAUCGAAAUCGGGCUGUUGGGAAACACCUUCCGAUCCCUCCCCCUUCAGGGUACCAAAGGGAAGACCACCAUCGAGAACAGCGUCGAGCCAAAAUCCAAAUGCAGACAAUACAUAUCAAAAUUCUUCCAAUAGAACGUUCCUUAAACCUCAAGAUCCGACGCGGAGCGGCGCCUACGCGGACAGUCCAAGUACCAGCGCAGCGCAAGCAAGCGGAACAGCGCAUCAGGUCAAUCAACGGAGGCCUGAGUGGCAAGAGGAUAAAUCCAAGACGGGAUAUCGCGAAUCGAAUGUCACACCGAACGCAAACUCGAACUGCUUCCCGUGGACGGAAGAGAUGAAACAGGUGCAAGACUUUCAUCCUGUGCCUGGUCUCGGACAUCCUCACACUUCCUUCCCCCAGUAUGGACUGUAUCCAACGUACCCUGUCUUCGAGAAACCAUACUCGAACUCUUGGGAGGGUUACAAUUAUCAUCAAUCGUAUCCCCAUCCCCAAACGCCAGAAUAUCCGCCUCAGUUUUAUCAACAACCAAAGAGAGAAGCCUGCUUCCCUUCAUCUCAGUAUCCCUAUCAAGGAGUUCCUCCGUUUCAGAGUCUGAAUCCUGGUUGGCCAAGAUGGGACACUCCUCGGUGGGACAUCUACGGACCGCCACCCUACUUCCCGGUGUUACCAGAGCCUCCUCCAAAAGCAGAGCCACUUGGUGAGGUGACCGAUUAUUCGGACAACGAGGAUUGCUUCAAGGAUUCGCAAAUGGGAGGGGUCGCCAUCGCCUUGAGCCACGGCAGCGUGCUGUUCGAGUGCGCCAAGCACGAGAUGCACGCCACCACAGCACUGAAGAAACCUAAUCGUCUGAAUCCUACAAGAAUUAGCCUGGUCUUCUAUCAACACCGUAAUCUGAAUAGACCCAGACAUGGUUGGGAUGAAUGGGAAGAGAAAAUGAGACUCAGAAAAUUAGGUGCCGUGACUACCGCCAGCACUACCACCAGUUCGACGACCACUUCGCAACCAUUGUCAGGUCCAUCGACGCCGACGAGUCCUGCCAGCGCGAUGGCCAACGAGAAACCCGCGCCGCUACCACACAUACCUAACGUGCCCAAUUCACAAUUUAUGAUGAGAUCGCCCACUUAUACCACGAUGACGUGGACCACACUGUUUCCUAUGCACCCGUGCAUGAUAACUGGCCCGUAUCAAGAGGGGGGAGCCAUCGGAUGAGUGAUCGUCGAAGGAUGCGAUUCCAGCCAUCGAUGACCAAGAAACGUGCCGUGAAUUGAUCGAGCGAAAUCGCUGAGAUCUAAGAAGCACGCGUCCCUUGACGUCACUGUUCAACACGCACGCAAAGAGCGUGAAACGAAGCACGAGAAUUACAGAAGAUUUGACAACAAGAACAAGUGACAUAUGCAACCAAUCAUUCCGAGAGAGCGGGUCAAUGAGCAAACCGACAAAGAAUUAAUAGAUGAACUUUUUACACUCCAGAAGUGUAUAGUUGUUAUUGACAAGAAAGACAAGAAGAGACAACACGUUUGCACUGCCAUUUUUCUAUCUCACGUUUUUACCGGGAAUAUAAUAAACGUAACAGACACGGGGAACGAGGAUGAACAGGAAGAGGCGAAAGAGAAAAUGAAUCCGCAGCAGAAAAUACGUCACACAUGGGAUUUAAUUCUAAUCGGGGCUUCCCUUUUUAUAUCAGUCUUUUACAUAAAUCACAGUAGGGCGUUGCUAACGAAGGAUCGAGCAGAUCGGAAGAUCUUUGAUUUUUGGAACAUCAUUCGAAGAUGAAGAUGGAAGAGGAAUACCUAGGUAGCUGAUCGAUAUAAACGUGUCUAUAACAGUUAGAGAAAUGCAAUCGAGUUUGAUGCGAUAAAUGAAUGAACGGCGCAGAAACGCUAGCGAUUGACCGCAAUCUCUCGCGCGGAGAAGCUUACGAUAUAGUAGACACGGAUAAUAUUUAGAUUAGAAUGGAACGAAAAUGAUAUGAAGAAAAAAGGAAAGAGAAUUGAGGGAAGAACGAAACGUAAUCUGAUUGUACAUUCUUUUAAACGGUCUCGUGUUGUAGUAGAAUUGUAAUCGUAUUUAGCUAGUCCACGCCUAGACACGACGGGUAGUUGUUUUUCUUUUUGUUCUCUAUACGUUUUUCACAUGGAGUGGCAAACAUGUAUGACACGUGCGCGUCUGGCACAAUCUUUUUUGUACGAAAACUGGAUCAAUUUUGUAUCAAAGAGUUUAAUCGUCGUUUAUUUUUCUGCACGUUCUCUUUUUACAACUUCUGUUGUAAUUGUUGUUGUUGUUGCAUCAUCGCACACAUACGUACACGCGGCUAAAAAUCGUCCAUUCAAUUAAUCGAUGCCAUCGUAGUAGGUUUUUAUCCACCCAUUCACCUUAUCCAGACAUCGAACAGUGUUACGUAGUUUCGAGUCGAUCCUUUGUAAAAGUCGCCUGCACAAUCUCUAGGCUCGGCAUGGAAUGCCGGAGCUCGCACAUAGACACAUAUUUACACGUACAUACGUAUACAGACACGAAAAUGAUCUCAAGUUUUAAGCUAAUCAAUUAAACGACAAAUAUCAACGUUUAAUUAUUUUCUUCUUUCUUUCUCAUACACGUACAUUAUUAUCAAUACUUCUCUUCCUUUUUUUUUUUUGUUCGCCUACUGUACAUUACGCUUCUUAAUCAUCGUAUUUAUUUCGUGACUCAAGUUGCACGUGUUUGCACCCGUAGCUCUAUCCUUUAAUCGUACCGUCAUUUUAAGAAAGAUUCGAGUGAGAACGAUCGAACGAAGAGGCGGAUGUACACGCGAUGCGCGGAUCGCUGUAGAAAUACAUUACGUGAUACCGGUAAUUCUCGGGUCUGUUCAGUACAAACACACACGUAUACACUAUACACGAGAAUUAAGUAAACUAAUUUUUAAUCGAGAUCUGUGAACGAGACGCGAAUGGAGACGCGUCGAUCGUCGCGUUGCCGUUUUCUUCGUCGGCUAUGUUCUUCCGGCUGUUUCUUUUCUAAUUCAUUGUCCAAGCCCUUUAGAGUCUAUACAAUCGCGAUCCCCGAUUUAUGGAUCGGAUUUGCGUAUCCAAGGGAUCGCGAGCCUUUCGAGAGGCGAUCUUCUCGACGAGAGCGAGGAAAACACGCGCACAGAAAGAUAGAGAGAGAGAGAGAGAGGGAGAGAAAAAGAUCUGUGUAACGUUUCGCGGUAGAUCACGGAGGCCGAUGAAGCCGGCGAAGUUCGAUUUCUUACGUAAGUGCCAGUGUUCGAGGACGAGUAAGAGAGCCAAAAAGCGGAAACGAAAGAUGUAAAAGUAAAUCUGUGUUAAAUCGUCGUUCGAACCGAUCCCUGUUUUUCUGUACAUAGUCCAGCUACGCGACUGGAGUAGCUACCUCGAAACGUCCAUCGCCACUUCCGGCUAGAUCUGUUCGCUUUGCUUUCGAUUAUCCCACUUUCGCUUGUUCUUCGAUCGUUCGUGGCUCGAUCGAUGGAUCAAUAUGAAAAGAGGAGAGAAUCAAAAGGAUCGUCGCGACGUCGUGCCAUUGAACGAGCGAAAGAGGAAGACAGAGGAGGAGAAGAUCUUCCUAAUUCGAGUAAUGAUAUUUUACGUAUCGAUACGUUUAAUUGGUUUGUGAGUGAUCGAUCGAUCUAGCUUCGACAUUGGAACCGAAAUCGUCUCCGUUUCUUGCCACGACCACGACUGUCGGAUGUAUCGGUAACCGGAAGCUCGUUUCUCGCGAUUUACGCGUGGGGUCGAAAAUAGAAUCGAAGAAAGGAAGGAAAUUAUGGUUGUCGAGGUCGAUGGAUCGUAAACGAUGAUCGACAGAGAGAGGCGCUACCACAGGAUGAAGGGUGGUAAAAAAUAGACGCGUCCAACCCCUCACCCAUCCGAGUAUUAUAAGAAUCAUUAAUAUAUUAUCAUUCAUUAUUAUCAUAAUGUAGUAGUAAUAAUAAUUAUUAGCGGCGAACAGUAAUAAUUAGUAAUAUAAUCUAAUUUAAUCCGAUUAUUUAUUAAGUUUUGACGAAACGCGUUGAUCUAUUAUAUUUUUAUUAUUAUAUUUUUCAGCUGCUCUAGCUUCCAGUUUCUUUCUCUUAUCUAUUCUUUCCUCUUCUCUUUUCUUUCUUAUUGAUUUCUCGUGAUUCGUGACACCGAACAAUCGAACGCAGAUCGAGAGUGCACACACCGAGCCUUUCCUUUUAUCUUAUCUUAAACACGUUUUCUCGCUUUUCGUCUAAUUGAUUUUCUCAAUGAAUUUUGUAAAAAGAGAUUUCAAGCGAGCAAUUUCGUUCCUAAGCUCGUAUUUUUUAAACGCUAGUCGUAUUUUCGAUUUUUUAUUAUUUUUUUUUAAUUGCUUUGUUUUUUCUUUUUUGCUUUCGGUAUCGUUCUUCAAUUUGUUUGAAUUUUAUUCGCCAAGAGCGUAAUCGUUCCAUUGUUUUUACGCGGGACUCCAGAAUCCCUAGGUUCUAAAAAGAUAUCGAAUAGAAAAAGAGUAUAAUUAAACUGGACAGUUGGCCGUCGCUAAACACUAUUUUUUCGAUUCGACGAGCACCGUUUUUCGAUCUGCUUCCAGCAAAUAAAAAUAAACGAAGAAUGAUCUCAGCCAGUCAAUUAAGAAUUUCGCAAAGGAGAAUAAAGGAAUAAAAAUUCACGCUAAAAUCGCAGAAACACGUUUCUAUUUUUUAACCGUUUUAAAAGAUUGUUCUAGAUAAAAGAAAGUAAGUUAGAUUUGCCAUCAAUUUUUUUAUUAUUAUGAGCAAACGUUUCGAUCGCAACACUCUUCUUAUUUCGUAUAUGCGACGAAUCAUUCGUGAACCGACUUCGCCGAAAAUUGUCGGCUUAGUUUAUUCGAAGACAUCUAAUGAUUUCGUUGGCAGAGACGGUUCUUUGAUGCUCUCGAACGCACGAAGGACGAUUAGAAGUACUGCUGUUAGCGUUAAUUUAGGAACUAUUUGGAAUAAUAAAUAAUUGUACAUAAGAAUAACGAUGUCUUAGCAUUUGACAAAUUUAAUUUGAAUGAAUUUUUAGUGACAUCCUUUUAAUUAAUCGAUUUAUAUCUGUAUUUAUAACUAUUCGUACUUGUUAAUAAUCUGAUGAAUUAGAUGUUUUAAAAUAGAGAGCAAUGUUAAAGACAAUAGACUUAAGAAUUGAAAUGAUACCAGUGACUGGCAUUUGAUUUUUUAAAUUAGUGAUUUUGUUUUUAUCUCAAUUACGGGAGCGAUCGUCAGCCGAGAAAGAACCGUCGUGUCGCGUCGUUCGAUACACUCCUGUUCCUUUCACACGUCUCUUUUCUCGAUCGCGAUCUACGAAUCCGCUUAUACAGAAUGGCGAGGUACACAGGCAAGGUUUUCCUCUCGUCGACUUCCGAAUGAUGCUCAGUUGCGUGCGUGAGAGAGUUUGAAAGAAGGAAAGACAGAAAUGAAGAUUAGAUUUCGUGGUACGAUUUUCCUGAGAAUAUUUUUUUUAGGUGGGAAAAUCGUGCAACGAAGUACCGGUCGAACUUCCAAUUGCAAACGAUAGACGGAACAGAGAGAACGAAAUGAAUGGUAGCGGAAAAGGGAAAUCGGCUGGUUGUCAUUGCUGUUUCUUUUUUUGUACAGAACGCGAGAAGAAAAUUGUAUCGUCACGAUGCCAAAAUAGUAUUAAAUACGGUAAAAUAAUUAGGGCAUAAAACGAGAGGAAUCACUAGCUGUCGUAUAAUUGAAUGAUUGUCGUGUGGAACGAAAGUGAGAAGCGGUAAGUGAACGAGGAGGACACGUGAACGAGUUCUUUGCCAAUUUAUAACUUUUUUUUCCGAUGGAGGACGGAAGAGAGAGGAGAAAUACUUUAGUGUCAACCAGGGCAUGAUUCGAUUACAUGUGUGGUGUACGAGCGAUGUGGAAUGAGAGGAGAAAAGGAAAAGAAGGAAAGAAAGAGGUUGAAAACUGUAUUUUUUCUUCCAAUACCAAAAAGAUGCCAUUUUGUUUUGUACGAAAAAAUUUACAAAAAAACUCACAAAAAAAGAAUAGGAAAGGAGGUGCGUCGGGAGUGUAAGAAUGAAAUAUAACAGAAGGAGGGUUGAAGCGAAGCGCAGGAGAGAACAAACUUUUUAAAUAGUAUGUAACAAGCGUAAUGUAAUUGUAAUAACGAUGCAGAACAAAUAACAGAGAAGCAAACAGAAAAAUAAUAACGUAACAAAUAUACUUGAUGUAUAUCUGUCUCGUGAGAUGAAUAAUAAUAUUAAUAAAAUGAACAAAAAAAAAAAUAAUAAUGAAACCACUUGUCCGCCUUAUAAAGCCAGAAUACAAUAGAUAAUUGAUUGAUAAGAAUCGACAAAACAAAAUAAAAAAAUUAAAAUAAAUUAAAGUAUAAACGGUUAAUUAUAUAAUGGUAAAGAAUACUUCGUAGUGUGCAGUUUACGCAGAGUUCGAGAAUGGAAGGAAGAUGAAUGAAAGGAGGUCGUAAACAAAAUCGUAGAGUGUAACGAGUAUAUUAUAACGUACCUAAAGUGUGAAAAUCGUGAAACCGCCGCGUAUUUAUAUCUCUCAAUUAUCAACAAAGAGAAAUAAAUGAAUAAAAUAUCUAUAUAUAAAAAAAAUUAAAGAUAUAUAUGUAUAUGAAUAAAAGCAGAAGUGUUUGCAUGUAUAUACAGACUUGUGUAUACAUACAGGGUGUCUUGAAUUGUUAAAAGAGAAAUUAAAUUCCAAGUGGCUUGGUCAAAGGGUGGAAGUAAGGAAAGAGCGUUGCUCACAAUUUUUGCACUUUGGUACCAGAAAACAAUAUCUCCCCGAGUCCCCCGAAAUAGGGCAUACGAAUAUAGCGCUACGUAUACACCGGUUACAUACAUAUGUGUACAUAUAUUUUUGGAUAAAGAACCCAGAUGAAAAAGAAGUGAAUUUUAAAUCGAAAUUGGGGCCAUGACGCAGACCACAAGGUUCUCUCGUUGGAUUGUUUCUCGACACUGUUUAGAAGCGAAUAAACACAAGAUAUACGAAAAUUAUAAUAUAAAACAGCUAAUGAAGAAAACAUGACUUCUUUACUUUCUUUCAUAGCUUAACGCAAAAUCGAAAACCUGAUAUAAUUGAUCAUUUAUUUAAAACUUUCAUGUUUUCGUUCGAUAAUCAGCUUUGAGAAUUAAAAGAGAUCAAACUAAAAUAUUAAGUUAAAGAUUGGGCUGAGAGGUGGUCCGACGGGAGGACAUUUCACUUGUGUCGGGCUCAAAAUAUGUAUUUAUGAAUAUUUAUUUACGUGAGAUUAAAUGAAAUGAAAAAAAAAAAUGAUGAAAAUGAUGAACGGAAGAAAAUCUAAUAUAUUGACGAUUUAAGAUAGAUGGUCGUAAGUUUAAGAUGUAAGUUUUAUAAUGAAUAUAUAUAUAUAUGAAUAUAAAUAUAUAUAUAAAUCGAUAUAUAUAUAUUUACUUGUAAAGCGUUUUACUGCCUUUCACCGAGUUCGAUCGCGCCAAAAAAUGAGCCGAACGAGCGAAAGGAAUAGCAAAGCAAUGGUGAGCGAAAAAAAUAAAAGAAAAGGGUCACUCCGGCUCUGAAAUCAAUCUAAAGAAGAAAAUUAAUAAAAUCAAUCAACGGUGAACGAAUGAAUAAACGAAUGUAGAGGCUUGCGAGAAAAAAAAAGAAAUGAAUUAACCGAAGAGUGAUCUUCGUUUUUGUCGUACCAUCGUGGACGUUGACAAUGUAACUUAUUAUUAUUACUAUUACUACUGUAAUAUUACUAUUAUUUUUCUUGUUUUCUUUUUCACUCCAUGUUUCUUUAGUUCUCGGUAUUACAUUUAGGAAGGCGAAUACGAAAGAAAAUUGUGACGAUAAAAUGUUUGGCAUUGAUUGGCGUGCAUUUCGAUUUGCCGUGCGACGAAAUUCACGCGGUUUGAUUCAGUGGCAACGCAAACAAAUUGAAAAGGAAGGUAAAAAGGCAGGUGUGCUUCUGAACGAUGAAAAAUCACAUGUACACAAUUACACGAGCGCGCACACCUACAAGUAAUAAGUGAAACAGGGGGGCACACACAGAGACACGAAUAUACACGCGUACAAACUCUCACACACACAGUAUGCUUAGAGUUUAGUAGCGAUUUAUAGUCGAUAAGCGAUAGAGUAAUUUAAACUGAUCAUUGCUAUCGAUGACUAUUAUUGAUAUAAGAGUACAUUUAGACGAAGAAUAUGUUAUUAAGUAAGAUGUAAUUGUCCUUUGUGAAUAUACAUAAAAGAGAAAUGAGAAAUACAAGAAACUUUUAUGAGAAAA